CAGGAUUGUGUUCUUUCUGGCUGAUACUGUUCCAUUGUGUAUCUAAACCACAUUUGUGUAUCUGUUAAUCUGUCACUGACACCAAGGCUGAUUAUAUAACUUGGAUAUUGUGGGAAGUGCCUCUGUAAACAUGAGUGCUGUAGGCAGCCUAUCUUUACUUCUGACAUCAUUGUAGCAAACAAAAUGACCUAGACACAGAGAGACAAAUGUUUUCUCCCAUUGUGUUUCUUUACUAAGUCAAUUCUAACAUUUAAUUUUUUUAAAAAAUCAGUAAUUUUAGUGCAAUUUGACUUGAGGAAUGGGGGUUAAAUGGUCUUCUCUCUCCUUCUGAACUAGACUGGAUGAGAGACAGGAAAUGAGACCUAUGUGCAAGGGAACCAGGAGUUGGAGUUUUUCAUUUUGUUACAUUAUUUUUCGGCUCUAGUCCAGGAGCAUCAUUCUCUACCCCCUUGUCAAAGUUACAGCGUUUUCUGAGGACCCAUUAGCUCAUUUAGAAGUGGUGGAGGAAGCAUGUCAACUUGAUCCUGCAGUCAGCCACCCUCUCCUUCCUCAGUCUCUCACCUAUGCCCAGCCUCUCCCCAGUGCUGUGUUAGUUAUACAAACUUGUGGUAACAACUGUUUUUCUCUCUCUCCUCCUUAGGUACAUGGCUUCUUCCCACUCUCAGCCUAGAAGAAUAAACCCUUAGUCUGCCGGGGAACUGAGCCAGGCAAGCCAAAGGCAGCCUUGAGCGCCCCCUUGCCUGCCCUCCCCUGCGGGGGCCAGGAUGCUGAAGAAGCAGUCUGCAGGGCUUGUGCUUUGGGGUGCUAUCAUCUUUGUGGGCUGGAAUGCCCUGCUGCUCCUCUUCUUCUGGACACGCCCAGCACCUGGCAGGCUGCCCUCAGACAGUGCCCUUGGUGAUGACCCUGCCAGCCUCACCCGUGAGGUCAUCCACCUGGCCGAGGACGCCGAGGCGGAGUUGGAGCGGCAGCGGGGACUACUGCAGCAGAUCAAGGAGCAUUAUUCUCUGUGGAGGCAGAGGUGGAGAGUUCCCACCGUGGCCCCUCCAGCCUGGCCCCGAGUGCCUGGGACCCCCUCACCAGCUGUGAUCCCCAUUCUGGUCAUUGCCUGUGACCGCAGCACUGUCCGGCGCUGCCUGGAUAAGCUGUUGCACUAUCGGCCCUCAGCUGAGCAUUUCCCCAUUAUUGUCAGUCAAGACUGUGGGCAUGAAGAGACGGCACAGGUCAUUGCUUCUUAUGGCACCGCUGUCACACACAUCCGGCAGCCAGACCUGAGUAACAUUGCCGUGCAGCCAGACCACCGCAAGUUCCAGGGUUACUACAAGAUUGCCAGGCACUACCGCUGGGCGCUAGGCCAGAUCUUCAACAAGUUCAAGUUCCCGGCUGCUGUGGUAGUGGAGGAUGAUCUGGAGGUGGCGCCGGACUUCUUCGAGUACUUCCAGGCCACCUACCCGCUGCUGAAAGCAGACCCCUCCCUCUGGUGUGUGUCGGCUUGGAAUGACAAUGGUAAGGAGCAGAUGGUGGACUCCAGCAAACCUGAGCUGCUCUACCGAACAGACUUUUUUCCUGGCCUUGGAUGGCUGCUGUUGGCUGAUCUGUGGGCAGAACUAGAGCCCAAGUGGCCCAAGGCCUUCUGGGACGACUGGAUGCGCAGACCUGAGCAGCGGAAGGGGCGGGCUUGUAUUCGUCCAGAAAUUUCAAGAACUAUGACCUUUGGUCGCAAGGGCGUGAGCCAUGGGCAGUUCUUUGACCAGCAUCUUAAGUUCAUCAAGCUGAACCAGCAGUUCGUGCCCUUCACCCAGUUGGACCUGUCGUACCUGCAGCGGGAGGCCUAUGACCGGGACUUCCUUGCCCAGGUCUAUGGUGCCCCCCAGCUGCAGGUGGAGAAAGUGAGGACCAAUGAUCGGAAGGAACUGGGGGAGGUGCGGGUACAGUACACUAGCAGAGACAGCUUUAAGGCCUUUGCUAAGGCCCUGGGUGUCAUGGACGACCUCAAGUCUGGUGUCCCCAGAGCUGGCUACCGUGGCAUUGUCACUUUCCAGUUCCGGGGUCGGCGUGUCCACCUGGCACCCCCAGAGACAUGGAAUGGCUAUGAUCCUAGCUGGAAUUAGUGGCACCUGCCUUUCCCUCCUGGGUCUCCUUGCCGUAUGAUGAGCCGAGGCAGGCCUGCAGGCCCUGGGCUAUACCAUCCUGCCAGUGUUUCCUCUUGGAUCUAUAGAUCUUCCCUUUUUGUCCUGGCCUUCCCCCAAGUGGCAUUCUAGUGCAUAAAUCAUAAGAUGAGGGUUAUACUCCUCUUGUCAAGGGAGUACUGUGUGGUAUGUUUGGGGCAUAUUGAACAAGAAACCACUGUGUGGUGUGGGGAGGGUUGGACCUGUUGGACCAGGCAUGUAGUGUCCUGAGUUCUCUCCAAGGGCAUCUGCAGAGAGCGUGGCCACUCCAGCUCUCCUGACCAGGCCUCUCCACCCUAAUCUGGCCCCUGUUAGUACAUGAGCCCACUUUAUGUACCUUCCCCACUUUCUCCACCUUCCCCCAGGGUGGGGCCGGAUUAUGGAAGAAGGAAUAGAUUUGUGGCCAAAUGAGACUAACCAAAGGGAUUCACUGUCAGAGUUAGAUUGUAUGGCCGGGUUGCUGGGGUCACUGCCUCCUGGCUUCUCUUCCUGCCGACUUUGCCAGUGCUCUUCUUGUCCUGCAGUGGAGCAGUGUGUUGUGAGAUGGAAGGUAGGAACUAAAGCAAGACCUCUCCCGUAGUGGAGCAGUUGUCAGGAACAAUGACAGGCGGAAAGCCUACACUUGGGCACCCCCUCUUCUUGCCCAUGGCCCCCCACUUCUGAAAGUUAGUUCCCUUUGCAUUCUUUAGGGGGAUUCAGUGGCAGCCUAGUGGGGGACAGUGGGCUCCACGCCUCUUUCCCCUGGGGUUUGGUACAGCCUCCUCCCAUAGAACUUGUUCCUGGUGGCCAUCUCAGCAAAGUCAGCAGCAGCUGAGACCAGGACACCUGUGGCCCUUCCUAAGCAUUCCCACAUCUUCCCAGGCCUAGGGGCAGGUGGCAGGCUAGAGAGAAAGAAAUUUGUGUGUUUUGUUUGUUGCCUGAUCUUAGUUUCAUGGAAGAAAAUGGAAUCUACAGAAUUAUUUUCAAAAAUAAAGUAAAGGCUGAAUUGUCUGAAAA